AGAUCUGCUCAGAGCCCGGGGGAAGUCUUUCCGGGGAUCGGGCACUGGGAAAUAAAUCUGUCGACUCCGGCGCCUUCAAUCGCAAAACUAGCGCCGAUGUCGGGGAAAGGAGAUGCGUCCAGUGACCUGCGUGCGUUGCAGAACUCCUUCCAGAACAUGAAAGUGGAAGGUGGCAAGGGCGACGAUGCCUCCAAGAAGACGUCGUUCACCUACAACGCAGAGCGGGUGCUGGGCAGCGGUUCAUUCGGGGUUGUCUACCAAGCUCAGGUAGUUGAGACAGGUGAGUCGGUAGCAAUCAAGAAGGUCUUUCAGGACAAGCGUUACAAGAAUAGAGAGCUGCAGAUCAUGAAGGAGCUGCGGCACCCGAACGUGGUUGAGUUGAAGCAUGCCUUCUAUACAUCAGGGGAGAAGCCGGGCGAGACCUAUUUGAAUGUUGUCAUGGAAUUUUGCUCCGACACGGUAUACCGCGUCAUGAAGCACUACAGCAAGAUGAAGCAGCCUGUGCCCCACAUCUUCGUGCAACUCUACUCCUACCAGAUGGGCCGGGCCUGUGCGUACAUCCACGCGGUUGGGAUCUGCCACCGUGACAUUAAGCCGCAGAACCUGCUGGUGGACGGGCACACGCAUGCGCUGAAGCUUUGUGACUUUGGGUCGGCCAAGCCACUGGUCAAGGGGGAGCCGAAUGUGGCCUACAUUUGUUCGCGAUACUACCGUGCUCCGGAGUUGAUCUUUGGCGCCACUGACUACGGGUUCGUCAUCGACAUUUGGUCUGCCGCUUGCGUCUCGGCCGAGCUCAUCCUGGGCCAUCCCAUGUUCCCGGGCGAGAGCGGCGUGGAUCAGCUGGUGGAGAUCAUCAAGGUCUUGGGAACCCCUACGCGGGAGGAGCUGAUGGCCAUGAACCCGAACUACACCGAGUUCAAGUUCCCGCAGAUCAAGCCGCACCCAUGGCACAAGGUCUUCAGGUCCCGCACUUCUCAGGAGGCGGUGGAUUACAUCUCGAAGCUGCUGGUCUACGACCCCAAGCUGCGGCCCACCGGCCUUCAGUGCUGCAUGCAUGCGCUCUUCGAUGACUUGCGGGAGCCCAACACGCGCAUCAGCGCCACCAAGCCUCUACCGGAGCAUCUGUUUGUGUUCUCCAAGGAAGAGAUGGCCCUCAUGAACGCAGAGAUGCAGCGAAAGCUCAUUCCUGCCUGGUUUGCCCAAAAGGCGGAGAAGCCAAAGGCCUGAAACGAACGAAGCCGUGUGACGCGCGUGAUUUCGAUUCGGUGUGGGGUCCUUCGACCUGCGCAUGUCCAGAACCCACCCCUCGAGUUUCGUUUUGGGUGCAAGUUUAGGGGGCUGUUUCAAGAGGCGGUGGGGAUAGCUGCGGAUAGCGAGAUUGCAACAGAUUAGCCAGCUAGGGUGCGGACCACGCAACUGCUCCAAGAGCAAC